AUGGAUACCUAUAGUUCUGACGAAUUGGAUAUUAGUGCGAAUAUUUAUAGUUCUGACGAAUUUGAUAUUAAAAGAAGACAAAAUAACUAUCAUGUUGAAGGUGAAGCUGGCUCCAGUAUGAAUACUAAUAGGUCUAACGAAUUAAAUAUUAUAAGUAGACAAGAUGAUGACCUGAUAUUUGACAAUCAAGAAGGCGUUAACGAAUCUAACAUGACAUUUAAUACUCAAAGCAUCGCUGGUGAAUCGAAUCUAGUAUACAAUGACCAGAAAGUUAUAAAUGAAUUUAAUCCAAUAUCCAAUGAAUCUGGUGAAAUAUUUGGGGAGAAUAUAUUAGAAAGUGACAAAAUUAUAAGUGAAGCUGAUGAAUUCCAGUAUUAUAACAGUGAAUAUAGUGACAAUAAUGAAAUAGAUAGUUCAGACUUUCCAAGUGCUGCAUACUGA